AUGACGUCAAAAUUGAAAAAUGAUCCUCAACCUCCACCACACCCAAAAAAGCUCAAAUAUCUCACAACUAUCUCCAUCAUGUUAGGAAACAUAACUUUCGGCUGCGCCUUCAACUUUUAUUCUCCUGCCCUGGAAGAUAUCAGAAUUAAGUAUGAAACCGAUGUCGACGAUAUUUCUACAGUUUUUACAAUAAUGUUGGUGUGCUAUUGUGCUGGAGCGUUAUCUUCCAUGAUAAUUUAUAAGUAUAUAAACCGACAACUGGGCGUCAUAAUUUGCCUUGGUGGAAUGGCUGCCGGGUUAUUUCUAACGCCCCAUUGUCCUUCAAAAACCUUAUUUUUUGUGGUUGGUGGAAUGCUCGGAUAUUUUGUUGGCUCGUACGAUGCAACACAAGUAGUUUGGAUGAUUGAAAUUUGGCAGGAAAAAUCUGGUCCAUUCAUUCAAGGCCAACAUUUCUGCUACGCGUUGGGAACCAAUAUUCCACCCUUACUUUUAGGACCAUUCUUAAGGGGCGAUGUCGAUGAGGACGAUGAAGAUGUGACCACGACGCCCAUGUCUCAAUCCGAAUCUAAAAUGUAUAUUCCCUUUUCAAUCGGUGGAAGCCUGAGUGCUGCUGCAUGUUGCAUACAAGUGUUUCUCUUUAUAUUUUAUCGCUAUUAUAAACCCCCACUGUAUAAUAAUAAUAAUAACAAUAACGAUACUUAUGAUGAUCAAAAUAACAACAAUGAAUCUACAAAUCCAACUGAACCUGAAGAAACUUUCAAAAAAUCUAAAACGUCUAAAACAAUCCUGGAUGUCGUAACUUCGCAAAAGUUUAAGUUGGUUCUGGUCAUGGGGGCGUUCGCUGGUGCGUAUCAAGGGAUGGAGAUGUGUACUUUACAAUUCAUCCCGACUUUUGGUCAGUAUUCUGCCAUCGACUUAUCAGAAUCUUCCGCCGCUUCGGUUCUCACCGGUUUGACAGCAGCAUUCGCAGUGGGACGAUUUUUUGGAAUUUUUAUCAUUUUAAAAGUCCAUCCCAUCGUAAUGUUGAUGGUCAGUCUGGUCAUCGUCUUUAUUGGAAAUACGAUCCUGUUUUUCUGGGCUGGUGAAAGUGUGACCAUGUUUUGGGUGGCUUGUUGCGUUGUGGGGCUAGGCUUUAGCACGAUUUACGCCAGUUUCAGCGCGUUUAUGGAGAAGCACAUCAUUUUUACGGAUUUUGUGGGAGGUUGGAUGAUUGUCUGCGGGUCCUCUCUGGCAGCGAUAUAUCCGAUAAUUGUUGGAGCUAGUAUUGAAGAUGAUACCGUAAUUUUGAGCUGGGUUAAUUAUGUCAGUAUUGGAAUUUGUGCAAGCUCGUUAGGAAUUGGGUGGUGGUUGGUCAGUGGCAAUAAUAAUGUUAAAGAAAGGACGCAAAAGCAGAGAGUUUAGUUUUGUGAUAAUUUUAUUGUUACGUUUGUUGUUACAUAAAUGUAGGAAAAAAUGUUAUUUUUAUACUUCCUUAUGUGAUUGAUUACUAUAUCAGUAAAAUAUUUUGUAAAACCUG